CUUUCGUUGUUCUCUUCGUUCUCGUUGUCGUCACAGAACCUCCCUCACUUUCACUUCAUCUUCGUUCUUCAAUGGCGACACUGAAACACCACCUUCCUCUCAGAACAACCCUCUCACACUCUCCUCCCUCCUUCUCCUCCGUCGCUGCUGCAAACCCUCACCCCACCCAUCACCACCAACAACAACCCUCUUCAUCUUCUUCACCUUCCUCUUCCCUCCCACACGCAUUCUCACUCGAAAAACUCCUCUUCCGCCUGAAGCAAAACGACUCCAUUUCCCUCCGCAACCACCUCCUCCACUCCCCAGACCCAUCACCUCUCCUCCCUCAAAUCCUCCACCGAUGCCACCACCACCCCACUCAGCUCCACACCUUCACCAACGCCGUCACCUCAUCAUGCCCCCACCUCACCCCCUCCAUGAUCCACCUCCUCGUCACCUUCAAGAAGCUUCCAGAAGCUCAGGCCCUCAUCCUCAGAACAAUACGAAAAAGCGGCGUCUCACGCGCUGAGGUAAUCGAUUCCCUGCUUUCUUCUCCUCACUCUCGCUCCGACAUGAAUCUCUCUGUUUUUGAUUUGUUGAUAAGGACUUACGUUCAAGCUAGGAAACUGAGAGAAGGGUCUGAGGCGUUUCGCUUGUUGAGGACCAGAGGGGUCUAUGUUUCCAUCAAUGCCUGCAAUGCGCUUCUUGGGGCGCUUGUGAAGGUUGGAUGGGUUGAUUUGGCGUGGACCGUGUAUGAGGAUGUUGUGAGAAGUGGGACUGUGGUGAAUGUGUUUACUUUGAAUAUCAUGGUGAAUGCUCUGUGUAAAGAUGGUAAAUUGGACAGGGUUAAAGGGUUUUUGUCUAGCAUGGAGGAAAAGGGUAUUUUUGCUGAUAAUGUGACUUAUAAUACUCUGAUUAGCGCGCAUUGUCGACAAGGGCUUGUUUCGGAAGCUUUUGAGUUGGUGAGUUUGAUGAAGGGUAAAGGGUUGAAGCCUGGACUUUUUACUUAUAAUUCUAUUAUCAAUGGCUUGUGCAAGAAGGGUAGCUAUGAGAGGGCGAGAGAGGUUUUGGAUGAGAUGUUGGAGGUUGGAUUGAGUCCUGAUGCUGCUACUUUUAACCCGCUGCUGGUGGAAAGUUGUAGGAAGGAUGAUGUUCGUGACGCUGAGAAGGUUUUUGAUGAGAUGUUGCGGCGUGGGGUUGUUCCUGAUUUGAUAAGCUUUAGCUCGAUCAUCGGGGUGUUCUCCAGGAAUGGGAACCUUGAUCGCGCCUUGGCGUAUUUUGAAAAUAUGAAAGGUGCUGGGUUGGUUCCUGAUAAUGUGGUUUAUACAAUUAUUAUAGAUGGGUUUUGUAGGAAUGGCAAUGUGUCUGAGGCUUUGAAAAUAAGGAAUGAAAUGGUAGGGAAGGGUUGUGUCGUGGAUGUGGUUACUUACAAUACUCUAUUGAAUGGAUUGUGCAGGGCAAAAAUGCUUGUUGAUGCGGAUGAGCUAUUUAAGGAGAUGGUGGAAAGAGGGGUUUUUCCUGAUUUUUACACCCUUACCACUCUCAUCCAUGGUUAUUGCAAGGAUGGAAACAUGACCAAAGCACUUAGUUUAUUCGAGACUAUGACUCAAAGGAGCCUUAAACCUGAUAUUGUGACGUAUAAUACAUUGAUGGAUGGUUUCUGCAAAAUAGGUGAAAUGGAGAAGGCUAAGGAGUUGUGGUGUGACAUGAUUAGCAGGGAAAUUUUGCCCAACUACAUAUCAUUUAGCAUUCUAAUGAAUGGAUUUUGCAGUUUAGGCCUUGUUUCCGAAGCCUUCAGGCUGUGGGAUGAAAUGAAAGAAAAAGGUAUUCAGCCCACCCUAGUCACUUGCAACACCAUAGUAAAGGGUUAUUUGCGGGCUGGGAAACUGUCGAAGGCUAAUGACUUCUUGAGCAAAAUGAUUGCCGAAGGUGUUUCUCCUGACUGCAUUACGUAUAAUACUCUUAUAAAUGGUUUUGUAAAGGAAGAGAACUUUGACAGAGCUUUUACCUUGGUCAAUAACAUGGAAGAACAAGGGCUGCUUCCUGAUCUUAUAACAUACAAUGCAAUUCUUAGUGGAUAUUGUAGGCAAGGCAGAAUGAAAGAGGCUGAGAUGGUAUUGCGUAAGAUGAUUGACAAAGGCAUCAAUCCUGACCGAUCAACGUACACAUCAUUGAUAAAUGGGCAUGUCUCUGGAGACAACCUGAAAGAGGCAUUCCGUUUCCACGAUGAAAUGCUGCAAAGGGGAUUUGUGCCAGAUGACAAAUUCUAGGAAUUUCAGUGUCGCAGCUGUUAGAACAUUACAUCCAUUUGUUCAAAUUCUUCAUAUGAAGGUGUAAGUGUCAUCCAAUUUGCCCCAUUUUGUUAUAAGCAUUGAUUUUAUCCUUGUAAUGAUUACUUAUUCAGAUGCAUAUUUGUUAUGUGUUAGGUGUAGUUCUGGACUAUGCCUCUGCCUUCCCCCUGGUCCUGGUUUGUGUAUCCGAUGAAGCACAACCGUGGUGCAUGCCUUUUGCAUCCUAACAUGAAUUGGGAUUACUAGACACGGAGGCAAUGCAAUUGGGUAAAACACAACUGUGAGUUGGGUAUGCUGGUUUAAGAACUCAACUGCUUUAGUGUGUACAUGGAAUUAGUUGACUGCUAUAUGAAUGGACUUUCCUCUCAAAUCUCAAUCCAUAAGUGGAGUUCUGUUCACAUUUUAUCUCGAAGUGAAUGCUACCGUUGUUUACACAAUUACACUAUUGUCAUCAGGUAUGUCUGGAUUUCUGUUGGCAUGUCAGUUGCCACCCUUGAAAUGAUGAAUUACACGUUCCAAACCUCCAAUGAUGAAAACAUGAAAGGAGACAUUUGGGUCACUGGAAUGAAACUUGGUUUUUUACCUUAGGAAAGCGGUUUUCCAAAGCCAUCGAGGGCGUCCUAAGAAAUCUGAUGUUACGCGUGCCAUUCCCCUCCCAUGCUUAUUUUACGCGUGCUUCCUGCCAUUUGGGCAAUUUGGACACCAUGCUUCCUGCCAUUCCCCUCCCUCUCCUGGCACUUAUUUUACGCGUGCUAAGAAGGCUUGGUUUUUAGCAAAAAAGGCGGGCUUGGUUUUCAAUGGCAGCAAUGAGGACACCAUUCGUGGCCUUGAGGAGGAUUUAAGGGAGAAUUGGCCUGUUUUCUGCUAGGGGUUUUGUUUCUCCUUCUUGUUUUGCUGUGUGGUUUUUUUGGGGUUUCCUUUGGCGUUUUGGUCUUUUGUUCCUUGGUUUGGUUCCUAUAUCUCUCUUUUCGUUCUCUUUUCGCGGGGCAGGUGUUUUUGGCAGGCUUUCAGGUUCUUUAUCUUCCCCCCUUUAGUGGGAUUGUCUGCAUAUUUUGAUUCAUAAUAUAACCUCUUUGUUCUCUACAAAAAGGUUGAGCACAUGCCUUUCUAUCAUAGUCUACUGUUUGAUUGAAACUUAUUCCUGAUUGUUAAUGAUUCAUCACAGACUGUAUAGAAUUUCUCUUUAUUUCCCAGUAGUUGUAAAAUGGGUGUUUUUUUAAUAUCUUAAGGUUGGAUUUGUGUAGCAAUAUAACUAUUUUAUUAAGAUAUAAUGCUCCGUGAAAUGAGCUGCAGUUGCACAA